ACUUUGUAGUUCAUUUCGUUCCCUUUUACUUCUCCCCAUUCCCAUCUUUUUUACUUUUUGCCCCUUUCUUUUUCUUUUUAUUGCUCCCACCAUCCUUUUCUCCACUGUUCUCCCUAUUUUGAUUUGAUUCCGUUCUUCAGCCAACGCAUGAGAAUAACAAUCCAGUUUUUUCAUAAAUUUUAAUGAAAUCAAUCUAAAUUCCAUGGUUUAUUCUGAAAUAUCGUGCAAUUGACUGACUUACCUUUAAAAGUUGUUAAAGGACUGAAUUUUAAGCCUCUCAAAACUAUUGAAAGAUUAACUUGUGCUAUUUUUUUUUAAAUAAACUUAAAAAUACAAAUAUUAAUACGGCAGUUUUUUCAGUGAAGCAGUGCAGAAGCCACUUUACUGGGCAGCGGUGGUAGUGGUGGAGCGAAAUCAUGGAGUUCGACGUCCCAAAAUUCCUAUGUUUUCAUCUUUCGUUGCUUAUUCUAGUAGCAUCGUCCUCCAUUGAAGCUUCAGACUCAUUUUCAUUAUCAUCUUCGGCAGCAGAAAUCAUAUCGAGGUUCCAGCAAUACCUUCAAAUCAACACUGCCCAACCGACCCCAAAUUACUACGAAGCCGCCGAUUUUCUCGUCUUCCAAGCCAAAUCCCUCUCCCUGGAAUCUCAGACCAUCGAAUUCGUCAAAGGGAAGCCCUUGGUGUUGCUAAAAUGGCCUGGCACAAACCCUGAUCUUCCUGCCAUUCUUCUCUACUCCCACACCGAUGUUGUUCCGUCUGAGCUUUACAAAUGGAUGCACGACCCCUUCAGUGCUCAUAUUGACCAGAACAGAAAUAUAUACGCCCGAGGCUCUCAGGACAUGAAGUGCGUUGGGAUGCAGUACCUCGAAGCUGUUCGCCGCUUGAAGGCUUCUGGGUUUCAGCCCCUUCGCUCUAUCUACCUGUCUUUUGCUCCUGAUGAGGAGAUUGGUGGGCAUGAUGGUGCAGAGAAGUUUGCUGAAUCUGAGGUUUUUGAGAAUUUGAAUAUCGGCGUAGUGCUUGAUGAAGGACUGGCUUCCCCGGACGAGAAUUACAGGGUAUUCUAUGGUGAGAGGAGCCCGUGGUGGCUGGUAAUAAAGGCUACUGGAGCACCAGGGCAUGGGGCAAAGCUUUAUGAUAACUCUGCCAUGGAAAAUCUUUUGAAGAGUCUGGAAAGUAUAAGAAGGUUUCGUGCUUCGCAGUUUGAUAUGAUCAAGGGAGGCUUGAAGGCCGAAGGCGAGGUAGUUUCAGUUAAUAUGGCCUUUUUAAAGGCAGGAACACCAUCCCCAACCGGCUUUAUCAUGAACUUGCAACCUUCAGAAGCAGAAGCUGGGUUUGAUAUUAGGGUGCCACCAACUGCUGAUCCAAAAUCAUUGGAGAGGCGGAUUGCUGAAGAAUGGGCACCUGCUUCACGUAAUAUGACAUUCUGGUUUGUGCAGAAAACACCUGUGAAUGAUGAGUCUGGGAACCCAAUCAUCACAAAGACUGACAGUUCCAAUCCCUGGUGGUCCCUGUUUGAAGAUGCCAUCCGAAAGGCUGGUGGAAAACUUCAGAAACCUGAGAUCUUUCCUGCUGCAACGGAUUCUCGCUACUUUCGACAUCGGGGAUUGCCUGCAAUUGGAUUCUCACCCAUGGCAAACACCCCUAUUCUACUCCAUGACCACAAUGAGUUUCUGAACCGAGACGUAUACUUGAAAGGAAUUGAGAUGUAUGAGUCAAUAAUCAACGCUUAUGCAUCUUAUAUGGAGAAUAGAGGAAAUGGAGAAUCCAAAGACGAGUUAUGAGCAAGUUAUUGGCCUGUUUUCUUUUCAUACUUGGGAUGCCUACUGUCUGUUUUAUCCGAUUGUAAGGUUAUGACCUUAAGGGCCUAGGCAGUUUCUGAUAUGUAACAAUAAUGAGUAGGAAGCCAGGGUUUGGCCCACAAUCUCGUCCAAGGUACUGAACCCUUGUCUGGAUGUUUUCCUAAAUAAAUGUUCUGUGCAUGAAAUUGGGAGAAGGGGACAUCUUGACUUGGUUACACAUGCAAAAACUCGAAGUUCUUCUGCUUAAAAACUUCA